AUGCCCUGGGGGUGGCGCGGGGGCCGGGUGAGCGCCCUGGAGGGCGGCCCGGAGGAAGAAGCGCCCCCGGCGGCGGCCGCUGGGCCCUCGGCGCUGUGGGCGUCCCAGCUACAGCCGGAGGCGGCGGCCGGGCAGAUUCUGCUUCGGGGCAUCUUCAAGAUCGGGAGGAGCAGCUGCGACGUGGUGCUGGGCGAGCGAGCCCUGAGGUGGUGGCCCAUCCAACCCGAGCGCCCUGCGGGUGACUCCAAGUAUGAUGUUCAGUGUAAAGAAGAAUUUAUUGAAGUCAAGGACAUAUUCUCUGUCAAACUGAAACGACGUUAUUCUGCUAAGCAGCAGGGAAAUGGUACUUUAUUAGGUAUCACACUCUUCAUUUGUUUGAAAAAGGACCAAAAUAAAUUAAAAGAUUCUACGCUUGAUCUUAUUAAUUUAAGUGAAGACCACUGUGACGUAUGGUUUAAACAAUUCAAGAAAAUUUUGGCAGGUUUUUCAAAUAGACCAAAGUCAUUAAAAGUAAUUCUCAACCCCCAAAGCCACAAAAAAGAAGCUACCCAGGUCUAUUAUGAGAAGGUUGAACCACUGUUGAGGAUUGCAGGAAUAAAGACUGAUGUUACAAUAACAGAAUAUGAAGGGCAUGCUUUGGCACUGCUGAAGGAUUGUGAACUCCAGGAAUUUGAUGGUGUCGUCUGUGUUGGUGGAGACGGAUCUGCCAGUGAAGCGGCCCAUGCUUUGCUUCUCAGAGCCCAGAGGAAUGCCGGGAAGGAAACAGGCAGCCCCCUCAACCCUGUCGGAGCGCAGCUUCCACUUGGGUUAAUACCUGCAGGCUCUACCAACGUACUGGCACACUCUCUUCAUGGGAUCCCUCACGUGGUAACUGCAACUUUGCACAUUAUAAUGGGGCACGUACAACCAGUUGAUGUCUGCACUUUUAGCACCACUGGCAAGCUUCUUCGCUUUGGGUUCUCAGCCAUGUUUGGCUUUGGUGGAAGAACUUUGGCCCUGGCAGAAAAAAAUCGAUGGAUGUCACCCAACCAACGAAGGGAUUUUGCGGUCAUGAAGGCACUGGCAAAACUUAAGCCUGAAGACUGUGAAAUAUCUUUUUUACCAUGUAUCAGCUCUCACGGUUUACAAGAAAGGAAGGCGGAAGGAUCUCCCAAAUCUGCCGGCAGUGACCACUGGCAGACCAUCCAGGGUCAGUUCUUGAAUGUCAGCAUUAUGGCAAUCCCUUGCCUGUGUUCAGUGGCACCUAGAGGCUUGGCACCUACUACCAGAUUAAAUAAUGGAAGCAUGGCUCUUAUCAUUGCACGAAACACUUCUCGACCAGAAUUUAUAAAACACCUAAAAAGAUACGCCAGUGUUAAAAAUCAGUUCAGUUUUCCAUUUGUUGAGACUUAUACCGUUGGAGAAGUAAAAGUUCGUCCGAGGAAUCUUAGUGGAUACAAUCCAGAGGACGAUGACGACGGACGGUGCGCAGCUGCUUCAGAAAACAGUUUCCCUUGGAACAUAGAUGGUGACUUAAUGGAAGCCACAUCAGAGGUUCACAUUAAAUUACACCCCAGACUUAUCAAUCUUUAUGGAGGAAGCAUGGAAGAAAGGAAUGAUUCCCAAGUAACAUGUAAUUGUUUAUAA